GCGGAACUUUAAGUUUUCCUUUCCUCGUGCCGUCAGCGGACCUCAACGUGUCCCGACAAAAUGGCACUUUAUAAUUUUAAGAAGAUUAUGGUGGUUCCCACCUCUAAGGAAUUCAUCGACAUCACUUUAUCCAAAACACAAAGGAAGACGCCUACAGUGAUACACAAGCAUUACCAGAUUCACCGUAUCCGUCAUUUUUACAUGCGCAAGGUGAAAUUCACUCAGCAGAACUACCAUGACCGGCUCUCACAGAUCCUCACAGACUUCCCCAAGCUUGACGAUAUCCAUCCGUUUUACGCUGAUCUGAUGAACGUGUUGUACGACAAAGACCAUUACAAGCUGGCCUUAGGACAGAUUAAUAUUGCCAAGAAUCUGAUUGAUAAUGUUGCCAAAGAUUAUGUUCGUCUGAUGAAGUACGGAGAUUCGCUGUACCGGUGUAAACAGCUGAAGAGAGCUGCUCUGGGGCGCAUGUGCACCAUCCUGAAACGACAGAAAUCAAGUCUGGAGUAUCUGGAACAAGUACGUCAGCAUCUGUCCCGUUUGCCGAGCAUUGACCCAAACACGAGGACCCUGCUUCUGUGUGGUUAUCCUAACGUGGGCAAGUCCAGUUUCAUCAACAAGGUGACCAGAGCAGACGUGGACGUCCAGCCGUACGCCUUCACCACCAAGUCUCUGUUCGUGGGUCACAUGGACUACAGAUACCUUCGCUGGCAGGUGGUGGACACCCCUGGCAUCCUGGACCACCCUCUCGAGGACAGGAACACCAUCGAGAUGCAGGCCAUCACGGCCCUGGCUCACCUGCGAGCGGCGGUUCUGUACGUCAUGGACCCGUCCGAGCAGUGCGGACACACCCUGCAGGAGCAGCUGGAGCUCUUCAACAACAUCCGCCCGCUGUUUGCCAACAAGCCUCUCAUCAUUGUGGCAAACAAAUGUGAUGUGAAGAAGAUCAGUGAGCUGUCAGAGGAGAACCAGAAAAUCUUAGCAGACCUCUCCACUGAGGGAAUCCCUGUCAUCGAGACCAGCACCCUGACGGAGGAGGGAGUCAUGCAGGUUAAGACUGAGGCUUGUGACCAGCUCCUUGCUCAUCGUGUCACCACCAAGAUGAAGGGCAAGAAGGUCCACGAUGUUCUCAACAGGCUUCACCUGGCCAUGCCAGCCAAGAGGGAUGAGAAGGCGAGGCCUCCGUUCAUCCCAGAGGGAGCUUUGCAUCGUAAGAGAGCGAUGGAGGUGGAUGCACCCAAACGCAAACUGGAGAGAGAUCUGGAAGUGGAGCUUGGUGACGACUAUGUUCUCGACCUACAGAAAUACUGGGAUCUGAUGAACGAGGAUGAGAAGCAUGAUAAGAUUCCUGAGGUGUGGCAGGGCCACAACAUCGCAGACUACAUCGAUCCUGAAAUCAUGAGGAAACUGGCGGAGCUGGAGAAGGAGGAGGAGCUGAAGGAAAAAGCCGGGGAGUACGAGUCCGACGACGAGAGCGAGGACGAAGACAUGCAGGAAAUCCGCGUUCUCGCCAAACAGAUCCGCGAGAAGAAGCAGCUGAUGGUCAUGGAGUCGAAGGAGAAGGAUGUGCACGGACCUCGCAUGCCCAGAACCGCCACCAAGGUUGAGAGGAAGCAUCUUGAGAAGGAGAUGGGUAAACUCGGUCUGGACAUGAACGACAAGGAUGAUAGCCACUAUGCUGAGAUGGCGCGGCGUUCCCGCAGCAUCACAAGAAAACGGAAGCGUGAAGCUUCAGCGCCUCCAACCUCCAAAACCCGCAGCCAGAGCGCUUCCCGUCCACCCCGGGACCAGUCUGGUUUACAGGACCCUAAGAUGAUGAAGAAGACCAAGGCAAUGAUGAAGAAUUCCCAGAAAGGGAUGAACCGCCAAGGCAGGAAGGGAGAGUCAGACAGACACGUCUUUGACCUCAAACCCAAACAUCUCCUGGUCGGGAAGAGGAAGUCGGGCAAAACAGAUCGCAGAUAAAGCGACUUUUUCUGGACUCUGACGCGUCUUUAAGUAACUGGGGGAAAUCUAGAAACCCAUUUACACAUUUAAUAGUUUGUUUCCUCAAAUGUCUUCUCACAAAGUAAAGCUUGCUGGACUGUGUGGGGUUUUCAGACUUAGAAAUGUGGAGUCUAAAAGCCAGUUGUACUGGUUAAAUUCACAUUUGUGCCACUAAAACAGACAAAUGUUAGAUGUGAUUCAGUCAAAUGAGCUGUAAUAACUUUUAACUUGUGUUUAUGACUCAGAAAAACCUGGUCCUGAUUUGGAUAAAGUGAUGAUGAUGAUGUUUUUCUCUACACGGCUCCUCUUAAGAUAUAUUCAUGUAGAAGGAGCAAAAUAAAUCUACACCUGAACUAA